AUGACCAUAAUGUUGAUGCUGCUGUUACUACUCGUCCUGGCCAUGCCAUCGUCAACGGUGAUGCUACUACUGAUGUUGUUGGCAAUGAUGCCACCGACAAUAGUGUCGCUGAUAAAUCUGAAACGACUGUUAACUUCGUCGUCAUCAUCAUCGUCGCUCCAUGUUACGCUCAAAAACAUUUGCUGUGGCAGGUCAUUUGGUCCUCUAAAGUUAACAUGGCUUAUAGCUCUGUAUGCCGUGUUGUGGUAUGGCCUAACGACCACAAAAUUAACCUUGGUGGAAGCCGGUUCACACAUCCGACUAACACAGCGUAACAAUCAUGCCAACAUCUCGGAAUUAUUGGAUAAUCUUUUGAGGGGUUAUGACAACAGUAUACGACCGGAUUUUGGAGGUCCCCCUGCCACCGUUGAAGUGGAUAUUAUGGUACGCAGUAUGGGUCCAAUUUCUGAAGUGGAUAUGACCUACUCUAUGGAUUGUUAUUUUCGCCAAUCGUGGGUGGACAAACGCCUAGCAUUCAAAGGAGCCCAAGCCACCCUGGCGUUGAGUGUAUCAAUGCUGGCACGUAUCUGGAAACCGGAUACUUAUUUCUAUAACGGUAAACAAAGUUAUUUACACACCAUAACGACACCGAAUAAAUUCGUGCGUAUCCAUCAGAAUGGCAGGGUGUUGUAUUCAAGCAGAUUGACCAUAAAGGCGGGAUGUCCAAUGAAUUUGGAGGAUUUUCCAAUGGACAUACAGAAAUGUCCACUGAAAUUUGGUUCGUUUGGCUACACCACCGCCGAUGUCAUCUACCGCUGGAACAAAGAACGUCCGGCUGUGGCCAUUGCCGAGGAUAUGAAAUUGUCACAAUUCGAUUUAGUCGAUUGUCCGGCGGGUAAUUUAACGGAUGUUGUUUACAAAGCAUCUUCGCCCUAUCACGAGAAUCAUGGCCAUGACCAUCACCACAAUUACGACAACAGCAACAACAACAACUUCAGCCAAUUUGCCAAUCGCAACAACAAAACCCUGACAACUUUUGCCGGUCCAGGGGCAAAAAAUCAACAUGUUCGUGGUACGGGCAUCCAGUUGGAUAAGGCUAGCGGUUUUGGUGUGGGUGGCGGUGCCGGUGGUGGUCACAUACGCUUAGAAUCGGAUCAAUCAU